GACGCCCCGGGCUGGAGGAACCGAGCAAAGGCGGAGAGGAGACCUGGAGCCCGGCUGGACUGAGAAACAGAGCAGAUCGUCUGGACGGAGAGAGAAAAAAGGCAGCGGAUAAGCGGGGUGAGGCGCCCUUGGAGAGGAGGGGACGAAACAUUAGAAAAGGCGGCUGAAGGGGAACAAGAGCCAGGCAGAGAGAGAAAGAGAGCCUCUGUCCCUGUGCCUUCCUGGCCGGGACAUGAGGAAGUGGGUGCCACCCAACCAAACCCAGAGCAGCCUGCUACGCACCCCAGCCAGAGCUCAUCAUGGCUCCGAGAAGCCCCCGUGCGAACACGUGCCUCUUUGCUGCCUGCCUGUGCCUUUGGAGAGGGACUUUGAGCCAUAAUUUCCUAGGGCCGAAGGUACUGCCGGAACCUGCUCCCAACACGGUGUGCAUGGCCCUUCCUUGGCUGAGCCAGCGCCAGCUUGGACUGUGUGCCCGCAACCCUGAAGCGAUGGCCUCCGCUCUGCAGGGCAUCCACCUUGCCGUCCAUGAGUGCCACCACCAGCUGCAAGAGAGGCGUUGGGAUUGCUCCGAUUUGAAAAGCGGUGACACCAUGCUUCUCAACAGUGCCAUUCUUAAGAGAGGCUUCCGGGAAAGUGCCUUUGCUUUCUCCCUGCUGGCGGCUGGUGUGACACACGCGGUGGCCACAGCUUGUAGCCUUGGUGAGCUGCAGAGCUGUGGUUGCGCCAGUCCGGGUGCUGAGGACCAGAAGCUGAAGCUUAGUCAACUUCAGACACUAAGCCAGAGCAAGGGCCUCCUCCCUGCAGCAACUUCCUCAUGGGGAGAACCUGGUCUCCAGGACACCUGGGAAUGGGGCGGCUGCAGCGCCGACUUCGGCUAUGCCCAGAGAUUUGCCCGGCACUUCUUGUAUCCUCUAGGGAAGCCACGAGAUGCUCAUGCCCGGAUGCAGCUUCACAGCCACCGUGUGGGCAGGAAGGUUGUGUCCGAGCUGGGUCAGCGGAGAUGUAAAUGUCACGGCCCCUCAGGAAGCUGUCAGUUCCGGACAUGUUGGUUGGCUGCACCUGAGUUUCGGAGCGUGGCCUUUAACCUGAGGGAGCGAAUGGACCAUGCUAUACUCCUGAGGCCACACAACAGCAACUCGGGAGCCUUCCGCCCCCAUCUUCACAGGUCCCGUCUGGCCAAGCACCUCAUCUUCUAUGAGCCCUCACCGGAUUUUUGCGAGCCCGACCCAAGCCUGGGAUCUCCAGGCACCCACGGACGCCCUUGCAUCAAGGGUAGCCCUCGGCCCAAUGGCUGCAGCAGCUUGUGCUGUGGGCGUGGCCACAACAUGCUACAGGAGAUGCAACCACAGCAUUGCCAUUGCCGUUUCCACUGGUGCUGUCAUGUGCAAUGUGAUGAGUGCCCUGCCAUGCAGUCAAUCAGCAUCUGCAAAUGAAUUUGGCAGGGCGGACACUCUAGAGACACAGACCAUAUCUGCCGGACCACAUCCAGCUGGACCACAAAUUGUAGCCUGUUGCAAAGUCAGGUGGCAUCAGAAAGCAAGGAAAUUUUGGACAGCAUCAUACUCAUAGGGACAGUACCUGCCAGAGAUGAUUCCUGUCAGCGAUCUACACUUUCCCUGGCUCUGCCACAUGGCAUGCAGUGUGCACAAUGACUUGGACUCUUGAUGCUAUAACAAGGUAUCGGCUACAAAGCAGAACAGCACCUGCAAAUUAGUGGCAAUUGGAUGAUGGUGUGGAACUGUCUGUGAGGCGCUGUCACCUUAUGUGGACCGCAUUUUUCAAAAGGAAUGACUUCCCAGCAAACUACCAUUUUAAAAAUGGGGGGGGGGGUGAGGAGGCAGUAAAUUCUUUAGGCUGUGUAGCCUGUUGUCCUGCUCCUCAAACUCCUGCUGCAGAACAGAAUCUGCAAAAAUGUAUUAGUGGUAAAAAGUUGUGGCUUUGGGCUGGUACCUCCAGGUCUUGUACAAGAGAGUGUGCAGACCCCAAGUUGGGCCGCUACAGGUUCCAGAACUCCAGUCCAUCUAGCAUAGAGGAACUUCAGACAU